GAUGAGAUUAUCGUUUUGUAUUUACACUCUUGCUUGCCAAACAUCUUUUAUUUAAUUUUAACCAACGUGCUGUGUUAUAAAUCAAUUUUAAGAUGUCCUUUGACGCAAUUCCAAAAGAUUUGCGUGGUCUACGCGCCUGUUUGGUUUGCUCCUUAGUCAAGACAUUCGAUCAAUUUGAAACUGAUGGCUGUGAGAAUUGUGAGGAAUUCCUGCGCAUGAAGAACAACAAAGACAAUGUCUAUGAUCACACUAGCAACAAUUUCGAUGGCAUUAUCGCACUGACAACACCCACUGAUUCUUGGGUCGCAAAAUGGCAACGUUUGGCUCGCUUUACUCGGGGCAUUUACGCGAUUUCCGUUUCGGGCACUUUGCCACACUCGACGCUGCGUGACAUGAAGAAUCGAGGCAUCGUGUUCAAGUCGAGGGAUAGAAGUCAACGCUAGCUAAACAUCAUUCAUAAUCAGCAUAUAAAAUAUUUAUUUUAAGUAAUAACGAAACCAUGAGUACAUCUACAUACAUUUAGAGUAAAAUACAUUUGUAAGUAAAAGGUGUCAUA